AAUAUUUGAUGAAAUUUAUUAUUUUCUUAGCCCUCUUAGUGGCAAUAAAUAAUUCAUUUAAUCUAAAUCCAGUGAUAGGAAUAUUGACAAUACCAUCUGAUGAAGAUUAUAUAGAAUACCCAAAAUCAUAAUAUUCAUAUUUCGCUGCUUCAUAUGUGAAAUAUGUAGAAUCAACUGGUGCAAGAGUUAUUCCUAUACCAUAUGAAGCUGAUGAAGCAACUUUAGAUAGAUAUUUUUCUUAGAUUAAUGGGUUAUUAUUAACAGGAGGUACUUUAGCUUUGGAAACAGAGUCAGGACCAUCUAAGUAUUUAUAAACAGUGACAUAUCUAUUAAAUAAAGUUAUAGAAGCAAAUUAACAAGGAGAUAUAUUUCCAUUAUUUGCUGUUUGUUUAGGACAUUAAACAUUGCAUUUCAUUUUAUCUAAUAAAGAUUAUGAUGUAUUAAGUCCUGCUUCAGGAAUGGGAAGAGUGAAUAAAAAAUUAACAUUUACAGAUAAGUAAAGUACUAUGUUUAUUGAUUUAAAAGAAUAAAUUUUUACAUCAAUAGAGACUGAAGAAUUAAGUAUUUCUACUUAUUAUUGUAGUAUAUUUUAAUACUGCUUGGGGAGUGUUACCUUCAUAUUAUGAAAGUCAUUCUGUUUUAAAUAAUUUCUUUAAAAUAGUUGCUUUAGUUUAAGAUUAAAAAGGUGUUGUUUCUAUAGCUGCAGCAGAAGCAAAAUAAUAUCCAAUUUUUUCAUUUGGAUUUCAUCCAGAAAAACCUAUUUUUGAAUUUAAAACUCCAUCCAAACAUAAAUUUGAAUCCAUCUAAUUUGGUCGAAAUUUAAUUAAUCAAUUUACUCAAAUUGCUAGAGAAAAUAAUCAUAGUUUGAAAGAUUCAAAUUCAGUUAUUUUUAAAUAUAAUCCUAUUUAAUUGGAGAGUGCUUCAUUUUAAUAACUGUAUUUUUUUUAAUUAGGAGAAUUAAGCAUAUGAGUG